AUGAGAGAUCUGAUGACCCAGAGGAAACUGAAGAAAAUUCCGGGUUUGACUUGGAUUGAAGUGGAUAACAAAAUUUACCAAUUUAGCGUGGGCGAUAGGUCUCAUCCAUGGUCAGAAAAGAUUUAUGUGAUGAUCAAGAGUUUGAAUGAGAAGUUGGAGCUGGCUGGUUAUGUCCCUGAUACAAAUUUUGUGUUACAUGAUGUUGACGAGGAAGUGAAGUUGGGUAUGUUGUCUUCACAUAGUGAGAAGUUGGCAAUUGCAUUUGGUCUUCUUGCCACUGCUGAUGGAACUCCGAUCAGAAUUACAAAAAAUCUUAGGGUUUGUGGUGACUGCCACUCGUUUAUCAAGUUUGUAUCGGCUAUAACACAAAGGGUUAUCAUUGUUCGAGAUGCAAAUCGGUUUCACCACUUCAAAGAAGGGGCAUGCUCAUGUGGAGAUUAUUGUUGAAGGUUCUUGACAAAUCUCAUUUAAUCUCCAUCUGGCAAAGAUGAUGCCCUCAACUGCAAUCUGCGUGUACUUUCAUGAAGUUGUGUUCUGCACCUUAAUGCUCUCAUGACCUAUCUCCCGCUCCAAAACCAUGCUUGCAAUGUCAACACUUUAUGUCUGAUAGCCAAAGGGACACAAGUGCUCAAAUGCACCAAAUCUGUAUAGUCUCUUCCAUCAAUUCUAUAGGCUCCCAAAUAUGGCCAUGCAUUUCACAUUGAAGAUCUCCAUUCUUCAGAGAUUGGCUCAAGUCCUAUUUGCAAAUUUGCUACCAAAUGGUAAAGAUUGUUGUACAACUUUAUGUCCCAUCACCAAAUCUGAAAACCAAGAUGGUAAAGAAUACAAGUGCUCACCCAACACCACCCAUUUGAUAGUGGGUGGGAUGGGUGCAUGUCAUUGUCUCUAUGUGUUUGCAAAUGUAUAUAGAUAUACAUAUAAAUAUGGAUAUAUGUACAAACUAAUUUUCUUUUACCUAUAGAAUCAAACUUGAAAGAGAAGGGUGCCCAAGAGCUUUAAAAAAAUGUUAUUUUUCUGCCAUA